AUGAAUAAUGAAAAAAAAAGCCGUUUAUUUGUUGACAAUGAGGAUGGACGAUUAAUUCAAGUCAGAGUUAAUGAAUCAUUGACUCUUCCAUGUCGACCAGCAUCACCAGAUUAUCAUGUUACACUUUCAAAAGAUGACCAAGAAAUAAAUGUAGGUGAAAAUAUUAAAUACGAUAGUAAAAUUGGUUUUACAAUUAAAAAAGUUGAAGGAAUUAAACAUUAUGGUUAUUUUACAUGCAAAAUUAUACAUGAAAAUAUUACUGAAGAAUGUACUUAUGAUGUUAAUGUUAUCAAAACAUUUGCACUAAAUAAACCAAUUAUAAAUACAAAAUCAAUAAAUUAUAUUUCGAAAGGAGAUACAUUUAUUGCAAAUUGUUCGGUUGAUCUAGAAAAAGAUAGAAUAAAAUUGGAAUAUUCGGGAGUUAUUGAUAAAAAAGAUGCAGAAAUUAAUGAAAAUGAUAAGAUUGUAUUUUCAUGUACAAGUGAAAAUGAUAUAUCAUUUUUUUAUCCAACAAUUUCAGAUAAUGCACAAUUCAAUAAUAUUCCACGUUCAAUUUACGAAAUAACAAAUGACAAUGAUACAAAAAUAUUCAAAAGAAAUAAAGCAAUUUAUGGUGACACUGGAUUGUAUGCAAAAGAACAUUUUUUUGUUACAAAUGAAUUGACAAUACCAAUUAUUGCCUAUUCUGGUUAUUCAUUUGUACUUCCCUGUAUACCAACGUCCAAAAAUUACAAUGUUUCAUUAUACAAAGAUUCACAGCAAUUAAUUAUUGGCAAUUCGGAAAAUGAUGAUAUUACAUUCGAUCACAAAGAAGAAUCAUUAGAUAUUUAUCAACCAGUUAUUGAAAUGACUUCUCCAUACUAUGUCAUCGAAGGAGAUACAGUAAGAAUAAACUGUUACUAUGUUGACGUAAGAAUCAACAUAUUAUCAUUAGUAAAAGUAGAUGUAACUUGGUAUGAUCCACUUGGUCGUAUAAUUAUUCCAUCAAAAUUCGAUGAUAAAUUUUCAAUUAAAAAUACUCCAAAAAAUUCAGUUCUAUCUGUUUAUAAUUUGACAACAAUUGAUAGUGGUAAUUACACAAUGAAAGCUAUCACAUCAAAUAAAUCCAUUGAGAAAUUUAUCAACGUAACAUUAAUUGUUUAUGGUAAUCCAAUUAUUAAAAAAAUUGGAAAUCAAAAAACAUAUUAUAAGUAUGAUGAUGCUGCAAAAAUAUAUUGUUACGUUAUUGGUUAUCCAGUACCAAAUGUAACAUGGUCAUUUGAAUAUUUAAAUGGUACAUCAAUGACUAAUCCUAUUGAUAAAAAUAUUGAAAACAAUAAACAGCUUGUAUCAAUCAAUUCAACAAUAACAUGGAAACCAAAAACAUCAUGUGUAUUAUCAUGUACAGCAUGUAGCCUUGAUAAUUGUACAAAUGAAAGUGUAGAAAUAUUAUUAACUGAAGUUAAUGAUGGUUUUGGUAUUGUCAAUAAUAACAGCAUCAUAACAACUGGUGAUGAAAUUGAAUUAACAUGCAUAUCAUCAGUGUACAAUUACAAAAAUGCUAAUUGGUACAAUCCAAAUGGUACAUCAAUUACUCCAACAAGUAACAUAAAUAUUAUUAAAAAUAAUACUCAGCUUAGUUAUUGUACUGUGUUAAUUAUUAAAUCAGUACCAAAUAUCAAUGAAUUAUCAUACACAUCACCGUAUUUUAUUGAUACAAAUAUGAAUGAUAGUGAAGUAAUAUUUGAUUAUAAUACAGUCAAUUUAAUUGUACUUAAAUGUUACGUUGGUGGUUAUCCAUUUAUUGUUAUUAUAAUUAUAAUAUUUUUAUGUAUUGUUAUAAUAAUUUAUUCAUGUAUUAAAAUACAUAAUGAAAAAUUAAAACGUAAAAAAUUAAUGAAUUAUGGAAUGUUAAAAUUUGAAAGUGGUGAAUUAACAUCAAUAAAUCCAUCAUUAACAGUUGAUGAACAAAUUAAUUUAUUGCCAUAUGAUAAAAAAUGGGAAUUUCCAUCGAAUAAAUUAGUUUUUGGUAAAAAAUUAGGAUGUGGUGCAUUUGGUAUUGUUGUUAAAGCUGAAGCAUAUGGAAUUGUUGAUAAUGAAGAUAAAACAAUUGUUGCUGUUAAGAUGGUUAGACAAAAUAGUGAUAUAACAUUUAUACAUGCACUUGCUAGUGAAUUAAAAAUAAUGAUACAUCUUGGUAAACAUGUUAAUGUUGUUAAUUUACUUGGUGCAUGUACUAAAAAUAUUAUUAAAAAAGAAUUAUAUGUUAUUGUUGAAUUUUGUCGUUAUGGAAAUUUACAUAAUUAUUUAUUAAAUAAUAGAAAUAAAUUUAUUAAUCAAAUUGAUGUUAAUAGUGGUAAAAUUAAUCAUUUAAUUGGUGAUUCAAGGCUAAAUAGUGAUGAAAAUACUGAUGAAAUUGAUGAUCUUCAACAUUCAAAUAAAAGUACAGAAGAUACUUCACUGAUGAACCUCGAAAUUUCAUCAUCGAAUAAUGAUAAUGAACGAUUAAAUUAUAGUGGUGAUUAUAAGGAUGAAAAUCUUCAACCAAUAUGCACCAAUGAUUUAAUAUUAUGGGGAUUUCAAGUUGCAAGAGGAAUGGAAUAUCUAAGCCAAAGAAAGGUACUUCAUGGUGAUUUAGCAGCUCGUAAUAUAUUAUUAACAGAUAAUAAUAUUGUUAAAAUAUGUGAUUUUGGUCUUGCAAAAAAUGUAUACAAUGGUAUUUAUGAAAAAAAAAGUAAUUCACCAUUACCAAUUAAAUGGAUGGCAAUUGAAUCAAUACGUGAUCAAAUAUUUUCAACUCAAUCCGAUGUUUGGUCAUUUGGUAUUGUAUUAUGGGAAUUUUUUACACUUGCUGGUACACCAUAUCCAGGAAUGGAUGCACAAACACAAUUUAAUAAAUUAAGCCAAGGAUAUAGAAUGGAAAAACCAUAUUAUUCAACAAAUGAAAUUUAUAAAAUAAUGUUAUCAUGUUGGAAUGAUUUACCAAAAUAUCGUCCAAAUUUUACACAACUUGUUAAAGAAUUAACAAAUUUAUUAGAUGAAAAAACUGUUGUACAUUAUGUUAAUUUAAAUAUACCAUAUUUAAAUUCAAAUUCAAUAUUACUUGAGGAUGGUAAAAAAGAUUAUUUAUCAUUGAUGACUGCUCCUGAUCAUGAUGCUGUAUCAUCAACAACAUUACCAUUAAAAUUAUAUUCACAAAUAAAUCAUAAAGAUAUAUUUAAAUUUCAAAAUGAUACUGAUGAUAAUGACAAUAAUAAUUUAGACAAUUCACAUGAUCGAUUAUCAAUAAUAAAAGAUCUAGAUGAUCACUAUUUAAGACCAAUUAAUUUACAUGAACAACGUGAAAAAUUUAAAAAUAAAAAUAGAACAAAAAAUGAAAACAAGGAUGAUGAUAGAUCAGGUGGUAAUAAAAAUUUAACAGAUAAUUUUAAUGAAAAUGAUGGGGAAAUUAUCAAUAAUAGUUAUGAUAAUAUGUCUUAUCACGUUUUAGGAAUUAUUGACAAAUCAAAAAUUGAUAAAUUAAAUUGUAUUAGUAAUCCUAAUUAUAUGAUGAUGAUGAAUAAUGAUGAUUCUAUUAAAAGAACUCAAUUGUAA